GUGUUCUGAGGGAAUAGAAGAUAAGCGACUGUGACGACAGAACAAAUUACAUUAACAGGAUGAGGGGCGAGGACUGACGAAAACCAAAGAGCUAACAACGUAAAAACAAGCUGGUGAAAGAUACCUAUCCAGAGCCACAGUUAACAGACCAAAGGGUUUCCAAUCACCAUGGUUACGCUGGACUUCAGGACACUGACGGUGCCCGUGGGCAUCGUGCGGAUACUGGAGGUGAUCUUCACCUGUAUCUCCUUCAGCCUGGUGGCAUCAGUGGGCCACAGCACGGCAUCUUUCUGGACGUGGUGCAUGUUCACCUGGUGCCUCUGCUUCUGUGUCACCCUCCUCAUUAUCAUCCUGGAAUUCACCAGCCUCAGUGCUAAGCUGCCCAUCUCCUGGGAUGACUUCACCACCGCUUUCGCCAUGCUGGCUACUCUAAUGGUGCUGGCAGCAUCCAUCAUCUAUCCCGUCUACUUCACUUGCCCCAGCUGCGGCAAACAAAUUGGUGCCAGCGUUACUUCCUGUCUGGCCUUCAUCCUGUACGCUGUCGAGGUCGGACUGACCCGGGCUAAACCUGGUGAGAUCAGUGGAUUUCUGUCCACAAUCCCAGGUCUCCUCAAGGUUCUGGAGGCCUUCGUGGCUUGCAUCAUCUUCAUCUGCUUGGAAGACAGCAAGUACACUGAGUAUGCGGGACUCCAGUGGUGCGUCGCCGUCUACUCCAUUUGCUUCAUUUUUGCCCUCCUUGUCAUCAUUUUCACCAUCUGCCGCCUUCUGUCUCUCUUCCCUGCACCGUUUGACAAAGUCCUAACAGUCUGCAACGUGUUGGCCGUGUUGAUGUACAUCACAGCUUUGGUCAUCUGGCCAUUGUACAGCUUUAAGAACAAUCCCAGGCCGAACUACUGCUCAGGAAACAGAAGAUGUGCCUGGGAUAAUUUAGUGGUCAUCUCUUUCAUGACGGCUUUUAAUCUGGGUGCUUACAUUGCAGAUUCUGUUUAUUCUUUCAGGCUGGUGUUCUUCAUCAGCAGAACAUAAGUUCUAAAAAUGCAUCAUAUCUCAGCUGGCGAAGCAAAGAUUGUACAUAAGCAGGAGAAUUAAUUGUAAAUUAUCUAUUGUACAACUUUUGUUUGACAUUUUAUUUCACUGUUGUUUUCAUGAUGACUCCAAUGCACUCUGGUUUGUGGUGGAUUUAAAUGAGGGUGUCUUUUAGCUGUCCCUGUUCUCUGAGGACAUGAAACAUAUGUGGCUGUGUCCAAGGGUGUGGGUUUUGUCUCAACAUCCAACAUUGAGGGCGGACAUAUCAAAACAGAGGGUUUGGGGUCCUCUGUAAGAAAAUGUUGAGCAUCACACACUUAAUUUCCUGCAGUCUGGUGAAUUUUAUGCUUCAAUUUGUGGUGUAAUUAUGUUAAAUUAUGUCAAAAUAAAAGUCCCUUGCUACUCUUAUGUUUGUAUUGACAGGGACUAAUGCACAUGUUCAUCAUAUAGACCUAUGCCUGUGUCUAAUUUUACCAUCAGAUAGACAAAAUCCUGAUUCUGUUUUCCUUUUUCUUCCUCCAUGAUUUUCAUCUGAUUCUCUUAUUUUUGUGCAGCAUCAAUGUGAUUGUGUCAGUCUUUGUUUCAGACUCAUUUCAGGCAUGUUCUUGUUAAUCUUAGCAUGUGAAAUAUGAAUAAAAAUGUAAUUAAAGUGUGGAGUUAUUAUGCAAGCUUA